AUGACUGAUAAAAAAGCAAAGAAAGCUGCUCAACGAGCUACUAGUAAUGUUUUUACUAUGUUUGAACAAAAACAAGUACAGGAAUUCAAAGAAGCAUUUGGCUUAAUGGAUCAAGAUCGAGAUGGAUCAAUUUCAUUGGAUGAUCUUAAAGAAGUCUAUUCAUCGUUAGGUAAAGCACCAAAAGAAUCGGAUCUUAAGCAAAUGCUUGAAGAAACUGGCGGGCCGGUGAAUUUUACUAAAUUAUUAACAUUGUUUGGUGAUCGACUUAAUGGUACUGAUGCUGAAGAUAUUCUAAUGCAUGCGUUUAAAACCUUCGAUGCUGACGCAAAGGGUUCUCUUAAUCGAAAUAUCCUUCAAGAGUUAUUAACGGCUGUGGGAAAGCCAAAUGAAAGAUUAUCUGAUGUAGAGUUCAAUCAAAUGCUUGAAGGUGCUCCAGUUGAUGGAAAAGGUCUUCUCGAUUAUGCUGCAUUUACUAAACUAAUAAAACGUGGAAAAGAAGAUGAUUAA